AUGCACAACAUGCUCUCCAACCCAGACUUCGAAGGUGAAUUCGACUAUGCUCCGCUACAGGAGUAUGAUACCAGCAACGGAGCACAUUGCUUUAAGGACUUUAUGUCUGGUGAUUGGUGUUGGAAGCAGGCUGAUUUGAUUGCCAAUGAUCCCAAUACAAUUGGAUCCAUGUUUGUUCUAAUAAUCCUCAGCAGUGAUAAGACUAUGGUCUCCGUCACUACCAGACACAACCAAUACUGGCCAGUUUAUUUGUUGAUCGGCAACAUCAGCAAUAACAUGUGA